GUGGGUGGUGGUGGGGUGCGUGCUUCCGGGAAGAGUGAGAGAGAAGAGCGACAGAGGGAGAUAUCAACGCCAGAGUAGGGGAAAGGUGAGAGUGAGUGAGUGGGUCAUGGCGUUGUGGUGUGUGGGAAAGUCCAUGGUGGCGAUGCCUGCGGUCGACCUGCGGGGGCUUUGCCAGAGGUCGCCCCUCGCCGUUGCUCGUUGUGCGGGGCUCUGCUGCGCCUCCGUCGCCGGUGGCAGGUUCAUGUCCAAAUCUCCUUCGCGGGUGGGAUGGGUGGCCCCGUUCGCUUCUCUCAGUACUUCUGUCGAUUGCGGUAAGAAGGAGGCUAUUCAAACGGAAAAGGCACCUGCAGCCCUUGGCCCAUAUUCUCAAGCUAUCAAGGCUAAUAACCUUCUGUUUGUCUCUGGGGUUUUAGGACUUGUACCUGAGACUGGGAAGUUUGUGUCUGAUAGCAUUGAAGAUCAAACGGAACAGGUACUGAAGAACAUGGGUGCAAUACUGGAAGCUAGCGGACUCAGCUAUUCUUCUGUUGUUAAGACAACAAUCAUGUUGGCUGAUUUGAAGGACUUUAAGAAAGUUAAUGAGAUCUAUGGAAAAUAUUUCCCAUCACCUGCACCUGCCCGUUCCACAUAUCAGGUUGCAGCUUUGCCGUUGGAUGCCAAGGUUGAGAUUGAGUGCAUCGCUGCACUCUAGAGCCAUGCUUUAAAUUUGGGUCCCAGCGGCUUAUGUGAGGCGCUAUGAGUUCUGUGACUUCAUUUAUGGAACUUUACAUGAAGGUCUAACUUCCGGGCCAAUCGUCGCCAUUACACUGUCCGUGUCAAAGCUUUUGUCUUUCAAUGAGAAAAUAAAUCCACAAGCGCUUCAUAUGAAUCA